CUUUUUGAAUGGGAGAGAAAGUUGCCGUGCCUUUCCCUCCCAUCACUGUUGAUCAGACUUCACUGUCAGUGUCAAAAAUAUUAAUAGAAGUUGAAGAGCGUUCAAACCUGUGUUGACGGGAGAAAGCAAGUGCGAGCUGACCUGUUAGUAGCGGCAAUUUUUUUUGCGCAGGCACUGUUGACAUUAGCUGCUCAGCGCUGGUUGAAUCACAUGGCGCAAGCCAUGUCUGCAGCAUUAUUGAAGCACUCGUCGCAAUGUGCGGUGGGGGCCUUCAGUGGACAGUCUUCUCCUCCAUCCAGCAGCGCUUCGUCGUCCUUUAAUGGCACCCCGUGCCUCAUCCGGAAAGCUGGAUCUAGGACGAGCGCACCUGUUCAUCAGGGGACAGGACGCAGGCGGCAAGUUGCAAGAGCAGGAGGGUUUGACCUUUGGCAAGUGCUGGGGGGCCGGGGCCUGCAGACAGGCGAGGUUGGCCUGAAAACAGAGAAGGGCCAGGCCCAGCUUUUCAAGGACGGAGUGAAAGAGAAGCCAAAGGCGGCUCCCAAGGAGAAAAUGGACGAUCUUGAAGACGAGGUCGAUGGUUUCAACAAAGAGCUCGGUGGCUUGGUAGGAGGCUUCCCUGGCGGCGAGCAGGGAUUGCGCACCUUCAUUCAAAAAUACCCCCCUCCGAAGAAAGUACGGGAUUAUGGGGAGGCUUUCAUUGGCAAGCCUGGCCUAGCAAAAGCCCGGUCGUCACGACCACCACUUCUGAUGCCAGGGAUGACCGUCAUCUGCAAGAACCCGGAUAGCGUGUACCACAUGUACUCCGGCAUAGUGCAACGGGUUACGGAUGGGCGUGUCGGGGUCAUCUUUGAAGGGGGCAACUGGGACAAGCUGGUAACUUUUGAGUUGCGGGAUUUGGAAAGGACAACCAGUGGCCCUCCAGGAACGAAUCCGAAGUCGAAGAUUGUGGAAAAGAAAGAACCACCUGCACCAAAGGUGGCGGCUGUAAAGGAAGAGACACAAAAGGAGGCUACCACUUCUUCAGAGAAGGAGCCUGCGGCUGCUGCAGCUAGUAAGGAAUGACAUCAGUACUUUGUUUGUGACUCGCGGGCAUUCAGGUGACUCUGUAUAAGGCAAACUGCUCACGCUUUCACUUGACAGGUUCAUUCGUGACUGUCGUAUGUCCUAGUCGUCACUCUUCAUGUGUGUACACUUUAUUCGUAUCCUGAGGAUAGGCCUUUUCAGGCAAUCUAGAUAGAGCGCCCCUGGUUCCUCUGCCUCCUUAUGUGUGUGAUUGAAGUUGAGAGGUCCAUUGAUAAGAUCGCUUAUGGUUCAUCACAACUGUUUCUUUUGAGCUAUUCAACGC